AAAGCAAGGAAGGUGGAGAGAAUCUAGAAAUGCCCCUUUCUUUUAUAGUUCCUCAAAAAGACCAAAGGAGAGAAAAUCAAAAAAAAUAUAUAAAUGGAGAAAUAAAUAAGAAAUGUGAAGAAGAACAAGCAGAGAAUAAAAGAGAAAGACCAGAUGUUGACAAAUUUCAUGUCACCGUUGUUUAGAAGAUCGUUUGUUUUGUGUGAAUAUUUUCUUCAUCUGGGAUCUCCCCUCUCUCUUUCUCCCUAACACCCUCCCAAACCCAUUAAUCUCCCCUUUUCUUCUCUCUCGAAACAAAAUCAUAAAAUUACCACUUCAACAAGAUUCUUUCUUUUUUUCAUCGACCUGAUGACGAUCUAACCUCUUUUAAUGGUGUUAAACAAAAUACCCACUUUGUUGUUUUUUUUGCUGUAUCAUUAAUUACUUUUUUGAUUUUGUUGUUGUUUUAAAGCUUUAAUCGUGGUUGAUAUCCUGGAAAAUUUGGGAGCUUUGAGUUAUCUGUGAUGGGGAAGUGUUGAAGCUAAAUCCAUGGGAGAAUCUUGAAUGAGUUUUGAUUAGAGGAUGUGGGUCUGAGGAAUGGGAACAAAAGUGCAGUUGAAAAGCUAUUUGCCCGGAUAUUACUCAAUGAGGGAUCUCAACGAGGAUUCAAACAGUUGUAGCUGGCCACAUUAUUAUGGGGAUAAAACCUUGACAAAUGGUCAGUAUUGCACUAGCUUUUUCUCGAGGGCCAUUGUUGAUGUGUAUCCCGGGUAUGAUAAGGACUCACUGAAGAGAAUAAUGCUUGAGCAUGAGGCUAUAUUUAAGAAUCAGGUGUCUGAGCUUCACCGCUUGUAUAGAAUACAGAGGGAGUUGAUGGAUGAAAUAAAAAAGAAAGAUUUACAAAAAAAUCGUUUUCCUGUUGAGACAUCAUUAUCACCGAGCCUGUUAGCCUCACAAAUUACAACCGAAGAUGCUCACAAAUGGCAUAUACCCGGCUUCCCUGCAGCAAACUCUCUUUGUGGUAGACCGUCAGUUUCUGGUGUUGAAGAUAGUCAUUCUCCCCUUAGUUCAGUGAAGGGAAGCAGCAGCCAAGCCGGUACCUUUCGGUCCCAAAAUGGAGGUAACUCAAAGGAUGUUAAGGUUCUAGAGUGCAGACCCACAAAAGUAAGAAGGAAAAUGUUCGACCUUCAACUUCCUGCAGAAGAGUACAUUGAUACUGAAGAAGCAGAACAGUUCAGGGACGACACGGCAUCUGGCACCUCAAGUUAUCUUCCGAAUGGAAAUGGGAAAAUUGGACCUGCGAGUGAUGGAAAGCUAUUUCAUGUAGGGAAGACUGAUUGCCUAGAAGAUGCUUCAAGAUCUGAUUCAUGCUCGAGGGGAAAAACUAGUUUGGCCGACUUGAAUGAGCCCGCUCAGUUUGAAGAAACUGAUGGUUCUGCAUAUUCGCGCUUUCUAGGCCAUGGCCCCUAUCAAGGAGGCCGCGAACUGUCUGCUAAACUGAAAGAAACUUCUGUGAACGUACUUCGCUCAAGUGAUGAUAGGUCUGUAAGUAACAUCCAUAUCGAGGAAAACGGAAUUACGAGAGGAUUCUUUUCUAAUGUGCUUGAAGCAGAGAACAGUAAAAGCAACUCAAAGUCGAUUUCUCACGGUUUUCUGCCACAGAAGUUGCCUGUACCUUCCCAGCAGGUACAUGUUCUUUAUGGAAAAACUCUUGAUCCUCCAACAUUUUCGGUAACUGAUCAAAGCAAGGAAGAUAUCUCUCGAGAAAGAAUGAUCCAAGGUUUAGAAGUUCCUGAAAAAACUCGUGAAAUCUCCAGUAACGGUCAUCCAGAGUCAAUUGUUAUGUCUAAUGUACCUAGUUUGAAUCCAUUUGCUUCUUCUGAUGUGGUAAAGCCGUGGUCUCAUUCAGCUUCUUCUUGGGACAAGCCUUCUAGUAGCUUAAGCGAGAAGCCAAUGACAGUUCCGACUCUCCCAUUUUUGAAUUCAUCUGGUCCAUCUAGUAAGAGUUCUGUGAUAUCAUCCCGGAGCAAUGGGAUAUUUGGAGAGAAGUGGCAGGUGAGUAGUAAUUCUAGACCUAAUCCGAGUUUCGGAAGUGAACUGCCUAAUAGAAAUGGUUUUUAUUAUGGUUCGUCAUCGGGGUCCAGGGAACAUGCAAUUCGCUUCCCCUCAAUGAGUUACGAGUAUCCAAAUUGUACCAAUGAUAGUAAGGGGGUCCCAGGGCACUUCACUUCUCAAGGUUCAACUAAGCCUUACAACUGCUCAAAUAGUGUUGAUAUGAAGUCUGCAAGUGGUGUAAAUUUGAAUAUGGUGCUUUCAAACAGUUCAUCCAAUGAGCCCAUUUUGCAACAAGGUCCUCAAAUGGAUGGACAAAGAAACCAUGAGGACCAUCUCCGAGGGCUGCCAUGGCUACGAGCCAUGCCUGUUUGUAAGAAUGAGGCCACAAGUGCAGGAAGGGAUUUGAGUGUAGGAGAGUUGAACUUCUCUCAAUCUUCUCUGAAGAAACCGACCAAUAAAAAUGGAACUGGCAAUGAUUUCAACCAAAAUUUUACGCAGUAUGUGAAGCCAGUUUCAUUCUCCAAUGAUGUCGACACCAGCAGGAGCGAAAUAGGUGAAUGCCUGCACAAUAGGAAGAUAUUAGUGGUUCCCAUUUUCGAAAAGCAUUAUGUUACGAAGAACGAAUUGUCUUCGACUACCCCGUAUGCAUCUGUUCCUCAACCAUCAGAAGCUGAAGCAGAAAAUAAAGGGAGAAAAAUAUUACUUGAUAUUAACUUACCUUGUGAUGUGACUCUGCCGGACAUGAACCAAGACAUUGUUGCAGAGAAUUCAGCCAUAGAAAAGGAAGCAAAUACAAAGCUACCAAGUUCCCCACAUCAGUUCGACUUGAACUCCUGUGUUGAUGAGGAUGAAACUUCUUUUGUACCCUCUGUACUGAGCAGUGGUAUGAAGACGACUCAAGGGAUAGAUUUGGAAGUGCCACUAAUUCCCGAGCCUGAAGAUGUCAUUCAUGGAGAAGAAAUACUGGAAAAGGCAUUUGAACCACCUUUGCAAUCAGUACAAAGCAAAGAUGACUGUAUGCAGGAUGAACUCAUAACGAUUGCAGCUGAAGCAAUAGUAGCCAUCUCAUCUUUUCGUCAGGACAGUAGUUCGGAUGAUGUUGAUUGCAGUUCAUCUGAAAGCCCUAUGACAGACCCCCUUAAUUGGUUUGUUGAGACAAUUUCCUCUUUCGGAGAGGAUCUUGAGAGCAAGUUCGAGGCUCUUUCGCGAGGUAAAGAUGGGGGUCGAAAUGAAUCUUCCUCGGAAGAGAUUGAUUAUUUUGAAUCAAUGAUUUUGAACUUAGCUGAAACCCAGGAAGAGGAUUAUAUGCCCAAGCCUAUGUUUCCUGAAAACUUUAAAGUAGAAGAAACAGGAACAACAUCUUUGUUAACAAGUCGAACACGAAAGGGCCCGGGAAGGCGAGGAAGACAGCGGAGGGACUUUCAAAGGGACAUCCUUCCGGGCCUGGCUUCCCUAUCAAGGCAUGAGGUAACGGAAGAUCUGCAGACAUUUGGAGGAAUUAUGAGAGCAACUGGUCAUUCUUGGCACUCGGGAAUGACAAGACGGAACUGUACUAGAACUGGGUGUGGCCGAGGGAGGCGACGGUCUAUAACUAACUCCUCCCCUGCUGCAGUGGCUGCCACAACUUGUAUGCCAUUGAUGCAGCAGCUUAAUAACAUUGAAGUGGGGCUGGAGGAUCGGAGCCUUACCGGAUGGGGGAAAACAACUAGACGGCCUCGCAGGCAACGAUGUACAACGGUGAAUCGUCCAUCUCUUGCAUUAACCUAAACCUAGAGAAAAAGAAAAGAGGCUUUGAUGUAUUAAUUGAGGAUGUUAUAGAGGAAACUUGGUGAUUAUUGUUUCAAAGGCUUUGAGAAGUGAGGUUAUUAUGAUCUUUUGGGGAUUGCCUCUUAGCCUGAAAUUUGGCAAUGCUUGAUUUUCUGUCUUGGGGUGAUUAUGGACAACUUGUAUUAUCCAUAAAUAAUGUUGCAAUUGUUCUUCCCAAGAUAUAUAUAUUUAGUGAAACCAAAUAUCCAAACUCGUGUUCGGAUAUACGUUGGUGCGAGCAAAGAGUUGCGAGUAA